AUGUCCACAAGGGAGGAAAGUCUGACGACGGCUUCCCAGUCUACUGUGACAGCAUCGUCCAGUGAAAGUCCCUUGAGGACGACUGUCACACAACCAGCCGUCUCUGAAUUCACCUCCAAUGAGACAACCAUGACUUUGGUUCCUCCCCAUCCAACUGGUACUGAAUUUACAAGUACGGAGACUACCAUGGCAAGCUCUCCUUCUUUUCCAAUGACAGAGACAUCCACACACAAUGAGAUAACAUCUUCAGUGCACACCACAAUGGAAACAAGCAACAGUGAGACAACCUCAGCAACAUCCUCUCCACCGCCAACGGUGACCUUCUCUUCCACCCAUAGCACCUUCUUGACUUCUGUCUCUCACACAACCCUUUCUGAAACCACCACCAAUGAAACGACUCUGGCAACAACACUUUCUGCUCCAGCUUCAACAGCAUUUACCAAGCGUGAAACAACAUUGUCAACAACACCUUCUGCGUCCGCUACAUCUGAGACAUCCACUAGUGAGACAGUGGCAACAAGAGCUACUCCCUCUGCAAUUGUAUCAACAUCUUCCAGGGAGAUAACAACCAGUGUCUCUCUCUCAACACUACCUGAAACUUUCACCAGUGAGACAACCCUAACAACGACCUCUCUUCCCCCUACUUUUAGUGAAUAUACAAAAAGUGAGACUCCCAGGGCAACCUCCCUUCCGGUCCUGAGCACAGCCGAAAUGUCCACAAGGGAGGAAAGUCUGACGACGGCUUCCCAGUCUACUGUGAGAGCAUCGUCCAGUGAAAGUCCCUUGAGGACGACUGUCACACAACCAGCGGUCUCUGAAUUCACCUCCAAUGAGACAACCAUGACAUUGGUUCCUCCCCAUCCAACUGGUACUGAAUUUACAAGUACGGAGACUACCAUGGCAAGCUCUCCUUCUCUUCCAAUGACAGAGACAUCCACACACAAUGAGAUAACAUCUUCAGUGCACACCACAAUGGAAACAAGCAACAGUGAGACAACCUCAGCAACAUCCUCUCCACCGCCAACGGUGACCUUCUCUUCCACCCAUAGCACCUUCUUGACUUCUGUCUCUCACACAACCUUUUCUGAAACCACCACCAAUAAAACAAGUCUGGCAACAACACUUUCUGCUCCAGCUUCAACAGCAUUUACCAAGCGUGAAACAACAUUGUCAACAACACCCUCUCCAUCCGCUACAUCUGAAACAUCCACUAGUGAGACAGUGGCAACAAGAGCUACUCACUCUGCUGUUGUAUCAACGUCCUCCAGGGAGAUAGCAACCAGUGUCUCUCUCUCAACACUACCUGAAACUUUCACCAGUGAGACAACCCUAACAACGACUCUUCUUCCCCCUACAUUUAGUGAAUAUACAAAAAGUGAGACUCCCAGGGCAACCUCCCUUCCGGUCCUGAGCACAGCCGAAAUGUCCACAAGGGAGGAAAGUCUGACGACGGCUUCCCAGUCUACUGUGACAGCAUCGUCCAGUGAAAGUCCCUUGAGGACGACUGUCACACAACCAGCGGUCUCUGAAUUCACCUCCAAUGAGACAACCAUGACUUUGGUUCCUCCCCAUCCAACUGGUACUGAAUUUACAAGUACGGAGACUACCAUGGCAAGCUCUCCUUCUUUUCCAAUGACAGAGACAUCCACACACAAUGAGAUAACAUCUUCAGUGCACACCACAAUGGAAACAAGCAACAGUGAGACAACCUCAGCAACAUCCUCUCCACCGCCAACGAUGACCUUCUCUUCCACCCAUAGCACCUUCUUGACUUCUGUCUCUCACACAACCCUUUCUGAAACCACCACCAAUGAAACGACUCUGGCAACAACAGUUUCUGCUCCAGCUUCAACAGAAUUUUCCAACCGUGAAACAACACUGUCAACAACACCUUCUGCGUCCACUACAUCUGAAACAUCCACUAGUGAGACAGUGCCAACAAGAGCUACUCACCCUGCUGUUGUAUCAACGUCUUCCAGGGAGAUAACAACCAGUGUCUCUCUCUCAACACUACCUGAAACUUUCACCAGUGAGACAACCCUAACAACGACCUCUCUUCCCCCUACUUUUAGUGAAUAUACAAAAAGUGAGACUCCCAUGGCAACCUCCCUACCGGUCCUGAGCACAGCCGAAAUUUCCACAAGGGAGGAAAGUCUGACGACGGCUUCCCAGUCUACUCUGACAGCAUCGUCCAGUGAAAGUCCCAUGAGGACGACUGUCACACAACCAGCGGUCUCUGAAUUCACCUCCAAUGAGAGAACCAUGACAUUGGUUCCUCCCCAUCCAACUGGUACUGAAUUUACAAGUACGGAGACUACCAUGGCAAGCUCUCCUUCUCUUCCAAUGACAGAGACAUCCACACACAAUGAGAUAACAUCUUCAGUGCACACCACAAUGGAAACAAGCAACAGUGAGACAACCUCAGCAACAUCCUCUCCACCGCCAACGGUGACCUUCUCUUCCACCCAUAGCACCUUCUUGACUUCUGUCUCUCACACAACCCUUUCUGAAACCACCACCAAUGAAACAACUCUGGCAACAACACUUUCUGCUCCAGCUUCAACAGCAUUUAACAAGCGUGAAACAACAUUGUCAACAACACCUUCUGCGUCUGCUACAUCUGAGACAUCCACUAGUGAGACAGUGGCAACAAGAGCUACUCACUCUGCAGUUGUAUCAACGUCUUCCAGGGAGAUAACAACCAGUGUCUCUCUCUCAACACUACCUGAAACUUUCACCAGUGAGACAACCCUAACAACGACCUCUCUUCCCCCUACUUUUAGUGAAUAUACAAAAAGUGAGACUCCCAUGGCAAUCUCCUUUCCGGUCCUGAGCACAGCCGAAAUUUCCACAAGGGAGGAAAGUCUGACGACGGCUUCCCAGUCUACUCUGACAGCAUGGUCCAGUGAAAGUCCCAUGAGGACGACUGUCACACAACCAGCGGUCUCUGAAUUCACCUCCAAUGAGACAACCAUGACAUUGGUUCCUCCCCAUCCAACUGGUACUGAAUUUACAAGUACAGAGACUACCAUGGCAAGCUCUCCUUCUCUUCCAAUGACAGAGACAUCCACACACAAUGCGAAAACAUCUUCAGUGCACACCGCAAUGGAAACAAGCAACAGUGAGACAACCUCAGCAACAUCCUCUCCACCGCCAACGGUGACCUUCUCUUCCACCCAUAGCACCUUCUUGACUUCUGUCUCUCACACAACCCUUUCUGAAACCACCACGAAUAAAACAACUCUGGCAACAACACUUUCUGCUCCAGCUUCAACAGCAUUUACCAACCGUGAAAUAACAUUGUCAACAACACCCUCUGCGUCCGCUAGAUCUGAAACAUCCACUAGUGAGACAGUGGCAACAAGAGCUACUCACUCUGCUGUUGUAUCAACGUCUUCCAGGGAGAUAGCAACCAGUGUCUCUCUCUCAACACUACCUGAAACUUUCACCAGUGAGACAACCCUAACAACGACUCUUCUUCCCCCUACAUUUAGUGAAUAUACAAAAAGUGAGACUCCCAGGGCAACCUCCCUUCCGGUCCUGAGCACAGCCGAAAUGUCCACAAGGGAGGAAAGUCUGACGACGGCUUCCCAGUCUACUGUGAGAUCAUCGUCCAGUGAAAGUCCCUUGAGGACGACUGUCACACAACCAGCGGUCUCUGAAUUUACCUCCAAUGAGACAACCAUGACUUUGGUUCCUCCCCAUCCAACUGGUACUGAAUUUAUAAGUGCGGAGACUACCAUGGCAAGCUCUCCUUCUCUUCCAAUGACAGAGACAUCCACACACAAUGCGAUAACAUCUUCAGUGCACACCACAAUGGAAACAAGCAACAGUGAGACAACCUCAGCAACAUCCUCUCCACCGCCAACGGUGACCUUCUCUUCCACCCAUAGCACCUUCUUGACUUCUGUCUCUCACACAACACUUUCUGAAACCACCACCAAUGAAACGACUCUGGCAACAACACUUUCUGCUCCAGCUUCAACAGCAUUUACCAAGCGUGAAACAACAUUGUCAACAACACCUUCUGCGUCCGCUACAUCUGAGACAUCCACUAGUGAGACAGUGGCAACAAGAGCUACUCACUCUGCAAUUGUAUCAACAUCUUCCAGGGAGAUAACAACCAGUGUCUCUCUCUCAACACUACCUGAAACUUUCACCAGUGAGACAACCCUAACAACGACCUCUCUUCCCCCUACUUUUAGUGAAUAUACAAAAAGUGAGACUCCCAUGGCAACCUCCCUACCGGUCCUGAGCACAGCCGAAAUUUCCACAAGGGAGGAAAGUCUGACGACGGCUUCCCAGUCUACUCUGACAGCAUCGUCCAGUGAAAGUCCCAUGAGGACGACUGUCACACAACCAGCGGUCUCUGAAUUCACCUCCAAUGAGACAACCAUGACAUUGGUUCCUCCCCAUCCAACUGGUACUGAAUUUACAAGUACGGAGACUACCAUGGCAAGCUCUCCUUCUCUUCCAAUGACAGAGACAUCCACACACAAUGAGAUAACAUCUUCAGUGCACACCACAAUGGAAACAAGCAACAGUGAGACAACCUCAGCAACAUCCUCUCCACCGCCAACGGUGACCUUCUCUUCCACCCAUAGCACCUUCUUGACUUCUGUCUCUCACACAACCCUUUCUGAAACCACCACCAAUAAAACAAGUCUGGCAACAACACUUUCUGCUCCAGCUUCAACAGCAUUUACCAACCGUGAAACAACAUUGUCAACAACACCCUCUGCGUCCGCUACAUCUGAAACAUCCACUAGUGAGACAGUGGCAACAAGAGCUACUCACUCUGCUGUUGUAUCAACGUCUUCCAGGGAGAUAGCAACCAGUGUCUCUCUCUCAACACUACCUGAAACUUUCACCAGUGAGACAACCCUAACAACGACCUCUCUUCCCCCUACUUUGAGUGAAUAUACAAAAAGUGAGACUCCGAUGGCAACCUCCUUUCCGGUCCUGAGCACAGCCGAAAUUUCCACAAGGGAGGAAAGUCUGACGACGGCUUCCCAGUCUACUCUGACAGCAUCGUCCAGUGAAAGUCCCUUGAGGACGACUGUCACACAACCAGCGGUCUCUGAAUUCACCUCCAAUGAGACAACCAUGACUUUGGUUCCUCCCCAUCCAACUGGUACUGAAUUUACAAGUACGGAGACUACCAUGGCAGGCUCUCCUUCUCUUCCAAUGACAGAGACAUCCACACACAAUGAGAUAACAUCUUCAGUGCACACCACAAUGGAAACAAGCAACAGUGAGACAACCUCAGCAACAUCCUCUCCACCGCCAACGAUGACCUUCUCUUCCACCCAUAGCACCUUCUUGACUUCUGUCUCUCACACAACCCUUUCUGAAACCACCACCAAUGAAACGACUCUGGCAACAACAGUUUCUGCUCCAGCUUCAACAGCAUUUACCAAGCGUGAAACAACAUUGUCAACAACACCUUCUGCGUCCGCUACAUCUGAGACAUCCACUAGUGAGACAGUGGCAACAAGAGCUACUCACUCUGCAGUUGUAUCAACAUCUUCCAGGGAGAUAACAACCAGUGUCUCUCUCUCAACACUACCUGAAACUUUCACCAGUGAGACAACCCUAUCAACGACUCUUCUUCCCCCUACUUUUAGUGAAUAUACAAAAAGUGAGACUCCCAUGGCAACCUCCCUUCCGGUCCUGAGCACAGCCGAAAUGUCCACAAGGGAGGAAAGUCUGACGACGGCUUCCCAGUCUACUGUGACAGCAUCGUCCAGUGAAAGUCCCUUGAGGACGACUGUCACAGAACCAGCGGUCUCUGAAUUCACCUCCAAUGAGACAACCAUGACAUUGAUUCCUCCCCAUCCAACUGGUACUGAAUUUACAAGUACGGAGACUACCCUGGCAAGCUCUCCUUCUCUUCCAAUGACAGAGACAUCCACACACAAUGCGAUAACAUCUUCAGUGCACACCACAAUGGAAACAAGCAACAGUGAGACAACCUCAGCAACAUCCUCUCCACCGCCAACGGUGACCUUUUCUUCCACCCAUAGCACCUUCUUGACUUCUGUCUCUCACAGAACCCUUUCUGAAACCACCACUAAUGAAACAACUCUGGCAACAACAGUUUCUGCUCCAGCUUCAACAGCAUUUACCAACCGUGAAACAACAUUGUCAACAACACCUUCUGUUUCCACUACAUCUGAAACAUCCGUCAAUGAGACAUCCUUAACAACAGCUACUCGGUCUCCAGUUGUAACAACAUCUUCUACUGAGAGUAUCAUAACGACAAACAUGUCACACACAGCACUUCCUGAAUUCCUUACCAGUGCGGCAGCUCCGAUGACAACUCCUCCACAUCAGACUUUUACAGAAAUCUCAGGCAGUGAGACUACCAUGGCAACUAGUUUUCCUUUACAAACUACAGCAAAAUCUACCCAUGUUGAGACCACAAGAUCAACUACUGUUUCUGUACCUGUUACACUUGAAAUCUCCACACUCGAGACAAACUCUACAAUGGCCACCUCCCAACCAGCUCUGACCACCCCUUCCACUGGGAGCCCUUCAGUGACAUCUCUCUCCCACACAACUGUGUCUGAGUCCACCAGAAAGGAGACAACUUUGGCAGGAAGUACUGUAAAGACAACUGAGCACCAUUCAACCAUAGCUGAUGUCCCCACUAAUGAAACAGCAUUCACAACAAGUCUUCCUCAGCCAACAGCUACUGAAUUCACAAGGUCUUCUACACUCUCUGUGACAGCUACAGCAGAAAGCUUCACCAGUGAGAGAAAUUUGACAAAAGUCACAUCCCAGCCAACUGUAGUCACAUCUUCCACGGAGAGUACCACAAUGAUAUCUGUGUCCCAUACAACCGUACCUGAAUUCACCAGCAAUAAGACAACCGUGACAUUGGCCCCUCUCCAUCCAACUCGUACUGAAUUCACAAAUACUGAGAGUAUAGCAGUAACAACUCUUUCUGUCCCUAACACAGAGGAAUUCAGCAGCCGACAGACAACUUUGACAACAGUCUCUCCUCAGCCGACUGUGACCACAUCUUCCACCGAGUCUACCAUAAAGACAAAAGAGUCCUAUCCAACCAUAUCCUCACCCACCACCAACGAGACCACCCUGGCAACAACAGUUUCCUACUCAAGUCCUCCGGCAUCCACGCACAAUGAGACACUGCCAGUAACAACCCAUUUUGUUCCAAGUCCAACCAAAUCCACCACCCGUGAGAAAACAUUGGUGACGACAGUUUCUUUGCCUACCACCGCAGGGUCCACCUCCGGCAUCUCUAGCACAAUGAUGACUUCAAAGCCAGCAACAAGUGAAGUGUCUUCUACAAGGUCAAUGGCUCCUCCUCUUUCCAUCUCAACAGGUUCUUCGGUUCCCACGAGGAAACCCAGCACCGUGACCAGCCAUGUGACUCAGUCUCAGUCUAGCAGCACAAGUACUUCCAUGACUGUGCCAACUAAAAUCCCAGAGACAAGCAGCCACCCCGCAAACACCACUGGCACCACAACCACUGCGGUUCCCGCCAUAACGCUGGAGCCCCUGAGGUGCCAGAACGGAGGGACGUUCCUUGCGAACAAGUGUCUCUGCCUGCCCGGAUUUACAGGGGAGCUGUGCGAAACGGUGAUGAACAACAUCAAUGUCGAUGUGGUGCCAGCAGAGAUCAGUGUCAUCGUGGUGGUGACGAACAUGAACUUCUCCGAAAAAAUGGAGGAUCCAACGUCCACAGCGUUUGGAGUGUUUGUGUCAAUCUUCAUCAACCAGAUGGACCCGAUCUACAGGCAGACGCUGCCCGGGUUCCUACGCAUUGAGGUGAUCCAGCUGAGCAAGGGCAGCGUGGUGGUGGAUCACCGCGUGGUCCUGACCGUGCCCUACGCCAGCUACACCAGCACCUACACCCAGGCCGUGGCCAACGUCAGCACGCUGCUCAAUGCAACCAAUUGCACCAGCGGCUCGCCCGCCUCCUCUCAGGCUCAUUUGCAGGAAUUGUGCUUCAGAGCCAACGCGACACACAUCAACCCUGUUCCCCUGACGACAGCAGGUGUGUGCCUGCAGAACUCGACCAUCAGUCCAUCCUACCAGAAAUACUUCCUGCCUAUCAACGUCUCGGGGCAGCUGAUGUGCGUCUCCAACUGCAGCAUCCACCACCCCGACACCUACACCUGCAAUGGCCGGGGUUACUGCUACCUCCAGCCAGGGGGACCCACCUGCUUCUGCCAGCACUCAGACUGGUACUGGUUCACGGGCAAUCACUGUGAACAAGUGGUGAGCAAGGUGGGCGUGGCAGUGGGGGUGGCACUCGGCCUGGCCAUGCUGCUGCUGGUGAUUCUCAUCCUGGCCAUCUGCCUCUGCUGGCGUCAGCACUGGAGCGGCAAACACAGCGUGGCGGACUUGGAGGAGAGGCAGGAGAAGUGGUACAGCAACGAGGAGUGGGAGUGGAACGCGCCCCCCCAGGGAAUCACUGCCAGAACCCCAUCCGCCCCCAGCUGGACAGAGACUGAGGGCGGCAGUGGCAGCCACAGAGUCUCCUCAUCCUUCCGGCCUUCGCUGGACAAAGUGGACACGUCCCUGCAGACACAAAUUGCCCGGCCCCAGGUGACCCGUAUCUGAGUCCCAGCGGCUGGUCUGGCCUGUGACAUCCAGGACUGAUCCAGCGGCCACAGCUGUCGGAGGAGGCUGCUCUCCGGGGACCAGCACCCAUGAGACCUGCGGAGCUGAGGCUGGGGGGCCCAGGCCGGAUGUGAACCUGGAGCCGCCAACAGGCCAGUGACUCUCUGCUGCCGAGACCCCCCCGGGGGGGCUGGGACACAGCGGACACUGCUGAGCUCCUGGGGACUGGCAGGCACGAAGCCGGCUGGGAUUGGGACCAUGCUGCUGUUGGUGGUGGUGGGACACUAGGCUCUGGGCCAUGGGGUCCAGGCAGUGAGGCAGUAGCCGGUAGCAUCCCCAGCUCUACCUGUGUGUGGGGGGGUCCAUUCCUCUUUGGCAGUCUGGAGCCAGGCGCGGGGUGGGGCUUUCCCAGGCCCCGGCUGGCAGCGCUCAGGUUGUUUGCACAGCACGUUCAGCAGAUGGUUUGUCGAAGAGGAAGCAUGGGCAGGUCGGGGAGGCGCUGGCUGGCACCGGGCCCCUCUGCCGGUGAUUUCGGCGUGGGGGGGGGUUGUUUACUUCCAAUUGUUUCCUUUGCCUUGAGCAAACAGGGGCGGGACGGGGGUAGGGGAAAAGGGGGCUCGUUCCCAAGGGGUGCCACAGUGAGGCCAGGGGACCCAGGCAUCUGGGGGAAGGCAGGACGGCCCAUUUCCAGCUGGGAGGGGGUUCUCAGUGAAGAGAGGGGACCCAGGCAUCCGGGGGAAGAAGCCACACUGGAGCAGAGUAAGGCAAAAGGCAUUGGGCAGGUCCAUUGCUCUGCAGGGGGGUUGCCCCUGGAUCAGAUCUCCCCUGCCCCAGGAGGGGGCUGCCUCUCCUCGUGACAGAUCCCCCAAGACAGGAACCCCCCCUGGAUUUUGCUUCCUGACAGCCCCUGAGGACUGAAAUAAUGUAAGUGUAAGAAAUGAAACUCUGCUGUUGUGAUUCUCGGAGGGGAAAUAAAGCGGUGAGAAAAUGCCA